GAAACAGCAGGACACUAAAGGAGAAAGAGGGAGACACAUAUGGAGAAAACUGAACAGUGUGUGCCAGGGGGAGGAAAAAGAAAACACUAUAAGGAGGCUGAGAGGAGCUGGAGGAGAAAGCAGAUUGUGAGAGAGAGAAAGGAGGGAGGAGAGAUAGAGAAAGAGGGAGGCGUGAGGGAGCUGAGGUUUAUCCCACAGUGCUGUGAGACUGAAGUUUCAGCUCUGUGCUUCAGCUCGGACACACACACACACUCUCACACACACACACACACACACUCCACUCACACGUCUACAGGAAUGAUGCUGUUCCCAGCGAGCAUGCUGAUUGGCCUGCUGUGUCUGAGCCAAUCAGUGGUUGUGUUGGGUUUUGCCCGUCUGCUGGACGAUGGGGAGCUCCGCUCUGCUUUUUCUGUCGCACGCACCAACAGCAUGGAAGGUGGGCCAAAAAUGACAGUGACCUUUGACACGGUUUAUGUCAACAUUGGUGGAGAUUUUGAUGCCAAGGCAGGCUUGUUCCGUUGCCGUAUCCCCGGCGCCUACUACUUCUCCUUCACUGUGGGAAAGUUCCCGCAUAAAGAUCUGUCUGUCAUGCUGAUGAAGAACAGGAACGAGGUGCAGGCCAUCGUGUACGAGGAGAACUCAGGAGAGGAGAGGAAGGUCCAGAGUCAGAGCGUCAUGCUGCAGCUGGAGUUUGGCGACAUCGUCUGGCUCCGUCUCCAUGGCGACCCUCGCUAUGCUCUCUACAGUAACACAGGACACUACACCACCUUCAACGGUUACCUCAUCUAUCCCGACACCUACAGCUACCAGACACACCCCCACCAACACCACCCAGCCUACAGCUCCCAGCAGGAGAAACUUGCACUGCUGAAUGCCAACCAGGCUACAGAGCACGUAGGAAGACAAGCUGCCACAGAGGACAAGGAGGUACAACACAAUGAGGAGGAAGAGGAGGAUGAUGAGGAAGAGGAUGACCAGCGAUCUGCCUUCUCAGUGGGUCGAACGCAGAGCAUCCUGGGUGUUGACCAAGUUGGAAUGCCUCAGCACCAGCCGGUCAGCUUUGACACAAAGUUCGUCAACAUUGGGGAGGACUUUAACUUGACAGAGGGGCUUUUUACAUGUCGUGUUCCUGGAGCCUACUUCUUCUCCUUCAACGUGGGCAAACUGCCGCAGAAGACGCUGUCUGUCAAGCUGAUGAAGAAUCAUCUGGAGGUGCAGGCGAUGAUCUAUGACGACAGUCAGGGAGAGAAAGCCCUGCAGAGUCAGAGCCUGAUGCUGUCACUCAAACCUGGGGACACGGUCUGGCUCUAUUCCCACCAGAGAGAUGGAUUUGGGGCCUACAGCAACCACGCCAAGUACAUCACCUUCACCGGCUUCCUGGUUUAUCCAGACCUCCCUGCUAACACCAACCAAUCAUAUGCAAGCAAGAAACCCUAGCUAGACUAUGAACUGCAGAUUGAACAUUGUGAGGGAGCAGGGAUCUGUUCAAAAUAGAAACAUCUCUGAAUCAACAAAUGAGGAGUUUGAAGCUUUUGUUUAUGGCUUGUGUGCUAAAAAAAAAAAAAAGAUGUGACUGUACAGGUCAGAGAAUAUUAAUUGUUGAUUUGUGAUCAUUUUGAUGCUCUGGACUGAAUGUAGAGUUCUAGAUUGUCUACAUGAGAAUCUUCCAUUUCAAGCUGAUGACUUUCCAGAACUGGACUG